UGGUAACAAAGAGUACGUGUAUUCGGCAAAUAUUUACAAAUGGUGUCAGGUAUGCCGGAUAUAUCCAUAUCAGAAUAUCAGUUCAUAAAGACUAUUGGUAAAGGAUCAUACGGAGAAGUUUGGCUCUGCAGACACAAGAUUGAUACAAAGAAGGUAGUCUGUUCCCUGUCAAUCUAUAUAGUGAAUAAAAGUACGUCAUUAAGAAAAUCGAUGUGACAAAAUCUUCUGAUAAGGAAAGAAAAGCAGCUAAAUUAGAAUGCAGGUUGCUUUCUGAGUUUAGGCACCCAAAUAUUGUCCAAUACAAGACCUCUUUUGAGUAUCACGGAUUUUUGUAUAUUGCAAUGGGUUUUUGUGAAGGAGGAGAUCUUUACACAAGACUUAGAAUGAGAAACGGGGUUCUUUUGCCUGAACGUGUUCUUGUUGAGUGGUUUGUUCAGCUUGCUAUCGCUUUACAAGUAUCUCCGCUUUAAAUUUAUGGGGUGAUUUUCAGUAUAUGCAUGAGAGAAACGUAUUACAUCGAGAUCUUAAAACUCGAAACAUAUUUCUCACACGAUCGAAUAUUGUUAAACUUGGCGACCUUGGGAUAGCUAGGGUGUUAGAGUCCUCUAAUUCAAUGGCUACAACUUUAAUUGGGACCCCCUACUACAUGUCACCUGAGCUUUUUGCCAACAAACCUUAUAAUCACAAAUCGGAUAUAUGGGCUCUAGGCUGCGUUUUGUACGAAAUGUCUACCCUUCGUCAUGCCUUUAAUGCUAAAUCAUUCAACGCACUAUCAUAUAAAAUUUUAAGCGGAAAGAUUCCAGAUAUGCCCACUCAAUAUAGUCCAGAACUUCUUGACCUGAUGCGUGCAAUGUUACACUUGAAACCAGAAAAACGUCCAUCAGCUAGACGCGUUUUGUCCAACUCAUUCAUAAGGAAACAUAUUGUUCUAUUUCUGGAAGCAACUAAAGAUCGGUCAAAUCACUCCCAAAACCAUUCAACCAUUGAAGAUGAAGCACAAAAUACUAGUCAACAUGUAGAAUGCGAAACUGGUGUGCCUCCAAUAACUCACCAAUCAGCCAAUGAAAUAAAAAUGAGUAAUGAGAAAAGAACAAAUGAAAUGAAACAGCAACCAAUCACCAUAAAUACAGAACAAAAUUGUGAAGAACAUUCAAAGUCAGUAUCGAAGCAAACUUUGUCUAUUGAUUGUAAUGAUAAAGGUAUUACACAUUCACCAAUAGAUGAAUUAAUCAAUAAUGUACCCAAAAAUUUGAAUCAAAGUAUUAAAACAUCUUUAACUGUAUAUAGACAACAUGAAAAACAGAUUCAUCCGAGUAAUGUUAAUUGUAUUGAUGAAUUUAAAGAUGAUUCACUUCAUAGACAUUUAUCAGAUGCUCGAUUACGUCGUCGUCGUCAACGUCGUCAAAUGUCUGAAGUUGAAGGUGAACAACAACAUCAUCUUCAUUAUCAACAAUUAAAGUAUGAAUAUCAAAAAGAACAUGUUCAAACUAUCAAAUCUUCAAGAUCGAAUAAUAAUCACCAUAGUAACAAUUCAAAUUUAAAAUUACAUAAAAUUUCCAAAUUUAAUUUUUAUUCAUUUUCUAUAUUACCAGUAUCAAUGUUACCUAAAUUAUAUAAAAAUUAUAAAAAUAAUUUAAUCACUAACAUAGUAACUAAACAUAAUUCAUUGAAUGAUAAUCAUUAUCCGGAGGUUAUAAAGGAUCAAAAUAUUGAACAGUUAAUAACCAAUCAAAUUCAUUGUAAUAUGAGUUCAUCUCCAUCAUCAGGUAUUGAUCAAAUCAAGAAGAACGCUCUAGAAUGUAAAUCGAAUUCUACAUCACAAACGAAUCAAACGGAUCCAAAUCCUUUGGAUCAUAUUUCAUCAAGUGAUCAAUUUAAAAAUAUUUACAGAAAAGAAAAUUUGAAUGAUAAUAUACAAGUUUAUUCUACUGAACAAGAUAAUAGACAAAAUGAUAUUAACAAUCAAUUAGUACAUCAAAAUGAUGAUAAAGAAAUUGAAGCUGUUGUAAAUUGUUUAGCAGAUACUUUAAAAGACGGUUGUCAUCCUGGUGCACCUACGAUAAUUCCACGUUGUAAAAAUGGUAACAAAGUACCAACUGUACUUGCUAAUUCGAACAAUUGUUUAAGUAAAGAUCAAAAGUUAUUAUUCAAGCCUAAUUUAGAAGAUAAUGGACCAAUUGAACCAAAAGAAGAAACAAUCAAUCGAUCUGUACAUUUAAAACAACGUUUUAUAGAAUUACACAGGGAAUGUAUAAAGAAUGUGGGCUUGAAGAGGCUACAUGAAGCUUACGAAGUUCUUGAUCAAGAUGUAUCUUCAGAAUCUCAAGAGAUAUUAUUGAAGAAAAUACUUGGCAUAGAUAUAUACUCAAAAUAUAUGAGUAAAAUUUGGCAACUUAAACUUCUUGAACAAAAUGCAUUUGAAAAAGAGUCAUCCAAUUAACAAAUAGACAGUUGCAUAAUUAUGACUCCCUUUUGAUGUUAUAUAUGUAUAUUAUAAACCCUGUGGUUAUUUUUCGAUAUUUGUUCUCUUUUUUUUUUUCUUGUUUACUUUUCAUUGUUCCUUUGGAUACCUAAUUGUGUGAAUAUGUGAGUAAUUUCCCUUCAUAAAUUAAGUGCUGAUUUAACUUAGAUCUUAUGAAACAUUCAUUAUAUUACGUCGUCAUUUGAAGAAAGUGGAACAUGUAGGACAAAAUUAUUAAAUUUAUUUUUGGAUCUACUUCGACGUAGGAUGACCUCCUACAAAUGUCAUUUCAUAUUACAUUUUAUUAUUAUUAUUAUUAUUUAUAUUACUAACAAAUGUAAAUGAGUAGAAUAUAUAAUAUUUGUGAUA